AUGCCGAACCACGCGGAGCGAGCCCCGCUCAUCGCGAGCGUCCCGCACCCUCCGGCGGUUCUGCACCAUCUCCUGACCUCUAUCCUGCUGUACGUCCUGCUAUCCUUUGUCAUCAUGCUCUUCGUCGACGGGCCGCCCCACCACCGCCACCGCCGGCACGGCCACGGCUGGUGGAGCGACGUGUGGAGCCUGAGCUGGUACACCGACGCGAGGGUGUCGCACGAGGAGCUCCGCGACAUCUUGCUCGACACCCCGACGGCAAGCGCGCCGAAGAGUGGAGCCGGUACUACACGGACGGCGUCCACCUCGCGG